GCCAAUCAGCGCCGCGGAUUGGGUUGCGGGUGUGAGUGGGCGGGAGGAACUGGGCGCCGCCAGAGGAGCUUCUCUCUUUCGCUGAGCGGCGCCGGUAGAGCGCGGACGGGUCUUCUCUGCAGUCGUUCUCUGGAGACGAUGGCAGCUCUCGGUAGCUGACGGUGGUGCUUCUCCCCUCCUCUCCUUCUCCUCUCUUCAGCCGUAGCCAUCUUCUCUCCUGGCUCCCGCCCUCGAAGCACCAACUCGUGUGGGAUCCUCGCUGCAGCCCUCGACCACCAUGCAAGUCAUUAUCGGCAUCGGCGGGAUCACCAAUGGUGGGAAGACCACCCUCACCAACAGACUCAUGCAAGCUCUACCCAACUGUAGUGUUGUGCACCAGGAUGAUUUCUUUAAGCCCCAGGAUGAGAUAGUGGUUGAAGAUGGAUUUAAACAGUAUGAUGUUAUCAAUGCAUUGGAUAUGGAUGCCAUGAUGAAUACCAUCAAUGCCUGGAAGAAAAACCCAAUCAAGUUUGAACGAUCACAUGGCAUUAACACUCUAGAUGCCAGAACGAUAGAAGAUUCAGAGGAGAAGGACACCACCAUCCAUAUUCUUAUUGUUGAAGGGUUCUUACUUUAUACUUACAGACCAUUAAUUGAUGUAUUUGACCACCGAUUCUUUCUUUCUAUUCCCUAUGAAGAGUGCAAGAAGAGGAGAAGUUCAAGGAAUUACACUGUACCAGAUCCACCUGGAUUAUUUGAUGGUCACGUCUGGCCCAUGUAUGUCAAACAUAAGAAGGUAAUGGAAGAUCUUCAGGUUGAUGUAGUUCAGUUGAACGGGACACGAUCUAGGAAGGAGCUCUUCAACCAUGUGUAUGGGUAUAUCCAGAACAGCUUAGAAGAACUGACGAAAAUGCUGAGCUAGACAAGCCGCUGGUGCCAUUUCAGAAGUCCGAGACACAUUCUUUUCAGUAACUUAUUUUUUUUACAUAUGCCUGGUUUGGCAGUAAAGUUCCAGCUUCUGUGAAGAUUCUUCCUUUUUUGUUAAAAGGUGUUGGUUCACAUACAUCUCUGCCGAUGUGGCCUUGAUUAAAUUAAAAAGCAUUCAACACCCAUAAAGCUUUAUCUGAAACUGA